CGAGUCCAUCCAUAAAAGGCAGAGGGAAUGGGCGAGGGUCAUAGUUCGGCUGUGUGGCGUCCAGAGCAUGUCAGUUUCCGAGUGGCUCCACCUCGCGUCCUGCCAGGGAUACCCACCCUUCAUGGAUUCCACUCAGCUAGAUCCCACCGUACCCUACAGUGUCAUGUCUCAUUACGACCAUACCAGUGCCGCCUCUACCUCACAAUGCAAACCCUCCGCCAAGGAUUCCUCCCCUGUGUGGCCCUCCUCCCUCACCACGGCCUCCUGGCACUCCGAGGGCCGCCCCAGCCCCUCCUGCUCUCCCAUCAGUAGCUGUGAGAGUCUCGAGCCUGGGUCACCUGGUAUGUGGGCAGUAUCGUCUAACAGUCCCGCCUCCUGGUCCUGGGGCGCUCCUGGAACUACUCACCCCUUGCUAGCUGCCGCCGCCGCCGUCGUCGGUACAACGGAUACAGCACCGGUACCAAAAAACGAGCGUCAGUCCAAGUGCAGGAGAAAAUCUCCAAAGCCCGUCGGGCGUGACGUGCUCAGGAAGCGCCGCUUGGCAGCCAACGCCCGUGAGCGACGCAGAAUGAACGGACUCAAUGACGCCUUCGACCGUCUACGGGAGGUGAUCCCGGCACUCAGCGGGGACCAGAAGCUGUCCAAAUUCGAAACGCUGCAGAUGGCGCAGACCUACAUCUCAGCGUUGGUGGAGCUGCUGCACUAGCGCCGCCAUGGAGGCUGCUUUGUUUCCGUUUUAUCUAGUCAGACACACGUCCGGCCUGCAUUCCCGAGGCAGCGCGGAAGGAGCAGCAGCAGCUGCCGUUGCCCUCGGCUUGAGUCAGGGUGUUCCGGUCCCCAGGGCAGCCGCGUCACAACGCAGCCAUGUGAAAUACAAAAGUAUUAUUAUCCUAUAAGACCUAAAGUCUCUACCGCCAAAGAUAGUAUUAAGGUCAAGCUCUAUGAAGCAUGUAAUAUUACAAAUUAAGCAUGUAAUGUAAAUAUUAUAAUAAAGGCAUGUAUUAUUAUCACAAAUAA